GAUCGAUCGUUUACUGCCUUAAUGCAAAAGAGCACAUCGUCCUCUGCUGGUCAGUACUAGACACCGUCCACACGAGGGCGCACGGCGCACAGGAAUGAGCGUCGAAUGCGGAGCGAUUUGAACUUCCUGUUUGGAACAGUUCAGGAAGACGAAAUAAUGGCGACGCAACUGGGGCCCGAGUCCCCUUGGACGGGAGGAAAGAGAAGGACUCGUAACAGAAAUGUCCUCACCAGAAUACGGCACAGUCAGAUCGGUGGCAGAGGGUUCAGUAGAGGAACACAGCUUCCAGAAGUUCUCCUCCAGGAGAGAGAUAAGCGGGAGAAAUGGCACGGGAUUCCAGUCCUUGUACAAGAGCUUUACGAGAGCAGCCACCUUAACAGUGACUUCACCCGCACACAAGCUGUGCUCAAGGAGCUGUCAUCUUUGCUGUCAAUGGAGGCCAUGUCUAUUGUAACGGAGGACAGAAAGGCAGCACAGGAGUCCACCUUUCCAAACACAUACACCUUUGAUCUGUUUGGCGGUGUAGAUCUGCUGGUGGAGCUACUGAUGAGACCCACCCUGACAACAUUACAAAAGCCCAAGAUGAAUGAUGACUUGGUCAAGGACUGCCUUAGUGUGCUCUACAACUGCUGCAUAUGUAUGGAAGGUGUCACGAAAAGCCUGGCAACGAGAGAUGAUUUCGUCUCGUUUCUCUUUACUUUGAUGACAAAUAAGAAGACUUUCUUACAAACAGCAACAUUAAUUGAGGAUAUUCUUGGGGUUAAAAAGGAGAUGAUUCAGUUGGAGUGGAUCCCUGAUCUUUCUGGACUAGUGCAGAGCUUCGAUCAGCAGCAACUCGCCAACUUCUGCCGCAUCCUGUCCGUCACCAUCUCCGAGCCUGAUGUGGGGAACGAUGACAAACACACCCUCUUGGCUAAAAAUGCGCAGCAGAAACGCAACACCAGCCCCUCUUGUGCUGAAGUCAACCAGGUCACCCUCCUAAACAUCCCUGGCUUCAUUGAGCGCUUGUGUAAAUUGGCCACACGGAAGGUUUCUGAGGCGACCGGAACACCAAACUUCCUGCAGGAGUUGGAAGAAUGGUACAACUGGCUUGACAACACGCUUGUGCUUGAUGCGCUCAUGCAGAUAGCGACGGAUGAAACCGAGCACAGCAGCACAGAGUCGUCUGAUGAGAGCUCAUUGGUCUCCAUCCCGCAGUGGCAACGUUUGCCACAGUCUAUGAAGAUCGUCCAUGAGAUCAUGUAUAAGGUGGAGGUUCUUUACGUGCUGUGUGUUCUGCUCAUGGGUCGACAGAGAAACCAGGUGCACAAAAUGUUGGCUGAGUUUCAUUUGAUUCCUGGCCUCAAUAACCUCUUUGACAAGCUCAUCUGGAGGAAAUUCACUGCCUCUAAUCAUGUUGUCCACGGACAAAAUGAGAAUUGCGAUUGUAGUCCUGAAAUCUCAUUUAAAAUCCAGUUCUUGAGGCUACUGCAGAGCUUCAGUGACCACCACGAAAAUAAGUAUCUGCUUCUGAAUGUUCAAGAGCUGAAUGAAUUGAGUGCCAUCUCAUUGAAAGCUAACAUCCCUGAGGUGGAGGCUUUGGUGAACACUGACAGGAGUUUGGUGUGCGAUGGUAAGAAAGGGCUUCUCACACGCCUCCUCACUGUUAUGAAAAGGGAACCACCGGAUUCUUCAUUCAGGUUCUGGCAGGCCAGAGCUGUCGAGAGCUUCCUUAGAGGCGCCACCUCAUAUGCAGACCAGAUGUUUUUGCUGAAGAGAGGUUUGCUGGAGCACAUUCUCUUCUGCAUCAUCGACAGCGGCUGCAAGUCCAGGGAUGUCCUGCAGAGCUACUUUGACCUGCUUGGAGAACUUAUGAAAUUUAACAUUGAUGCCUUCAAGAGAUUCAACACUUAUGUCAACACAGAGGAAAAGUUCCAGGUAUUCCUCAACCAGAUCAACAGCUCUCUGGUGGACUCCAACAUGCUUGUCCGCUGCAUUGUUCUCUCUCUGGAUCGAUUCGAAAGCCAGACUGACGACGUAAACGUAGUUGAAGUUCUCUCGGAGUGCUGUCUGCUGUCCUAUAUGGCUCGGGUGGAGAACAGGCUGUCCUUUCUCUUCAGGCUUAUUAACAUCAUCAAUGUGCAAACCCUGACACAGGAGAACGUGAGUUGUCUCAACACCAGCCUAGUGAUUCUGAUGCUGGCCCGACGGAGAGGGAAGCUACCAUUCUACCUGAACAACCUGCGGGAAAAGGAAUACUCGGAGAAAUACCCAGGCUGCCUCCUCAACAACUUCCACAACCUGCUGCGUUUUUGGCAGCAUCACUACCUCAACAAAGACAAGGACAGCACCUGCCUGGAGAAUAGCUCAUGUAUUCCCUUCAGUUUCUGGAAGGAGUCUGUUUCAGUCCUGCUCGAAGGGGACAGGACUUCUCCUUGUGCCAUUAUCAGCUACAUAGAUGAGCCUUACAUGGAAUUAGACAGAGACCCUCUAGAAGUUUGACUUCAGGGGGUUGGGUCGGGACAGGGCAAGGCAAGGCUGUGCUGUAGGGAAAGAGGCCGGGGCUGCUCGUCUUGCUCUCAUUCGGUCCGAAGAGCUCAGAGAACCGCCUCUGGAAGCAGUGGCUCAAUGAGCCGUCCAUUCUUCCCUGCCGUCCAUGAUCCACUUCAGCUCCAGCUCACAGCGCAAAGGAUCUCCCCAUCCCGGUUACUUAAGGGAACACAGAAGCUGGAAGGCUAACAUAUAAGCUGAACUUCUGAAUUGAACCGGUGUUAUUUAAGUGAUUCUUUCUGUUGAAUUUUGUGGGGCCUUUAAUGCAGACAGAAAGUGAAUUGGUGUUGAAUCCAACAAAUCUGUUCAAGUAAAGGUUUGGUGGUCAGCAUAAGUUUCUGACUUGGAUCUGGCGGGUUCAUCCUCGAUAAAGAAGCAGGCGGUAAAACACUGUACUGGACAGAGUGUGCAGAUGAACAUCGUCUUGAAAGAUUGUCAGAAGGUUUGACGUUAAUAUCUUUGUACAGUAUAGAUGACUGAGAGCAGAGAACAAAUUGGAGUCUUAUUUAUUUUCUUUUUCAAUGUAAUUUUGCUCUUAUGUAAUGACAUCAUCAAAAGCGGUUUCCCUAAUGAUUUCCUUACAUGCAAAGUAUGUGAUUUUCAGUUAUUCUAGUUUUAAUUCUUUGGUAUGAAUUAAUUUUUAACAGUAGUUAUUGAUGCAUUGUUUAUUGCUGACAAUAAAUCAUAUCUUGGGGGGGCUGAAGAUGUUAAACUAUGCAGGUUCACUCACACAUUUGUCAUAAAUAUCUUAGCUAGCCUUGAGCUUCAUUUUGCCAUGUUUGUUUUGUAACAAACCACUAAAUAACCAUUUCUUACUUUACAGGCUGGCAGGUGACAAUCUUUGUUUCGCUCAAACACGCGUGGCUCCUGCUUGUUGGCCGGAGAGGUGUUCCUCUGUGGUCGCUUUGUUUAAAUUGGUAGCAGAGCUAGUUUAGAAAACUUCCAAUCAACUACCUCGUUUCAUUUAUUUGACCUUUUAUAGUUCUAGCAUGCUUUCCAAUGCUGUGGCUUAUUCUGUUGCACACCUAACUUCACUGUGUAUGCAAAAGUUCCUAUGUAAAAGUGACUUAAUGUAUUCACAAGAGUUGCUUAGCUUUUACCUUUGUAAAAUGUUCGCAGGGUGACUUUUUCCUAACGUUGUGUCACGGUGCUCUGCAUUUCGCAAACAAAUUCAUACAAUUCAUAUGAGGGGGAUUGAAUGCUACUAUGAGUUUUUGGGACACUUCCUUUGAUCCUAGGAAUUCUUGAAUGUGUAUAGUUGGUGUGACUGUGAAGAAAUGUUCAUUUGAGUUGAAUGAGUGGUACAUAAACACAUCUAGGAGCUGAAUGUCUCAUUUGUUUAAUCAGGAUUUGGUUCGUGUCGCACAUGGGUUGGAUUAGGAUUUAAAUACUAUAGCUCUGUAUUUAAGUUUACAAAAACAAAAGUCAUGUAUCUGUCAAUACCAGUAAACACAAUGCUUUAAAUAAACCUGAAUUCGAAAAUCUG